UCCUACCUGCCGGACGCGACGAGCAACGUGAUUGGUAGAAUCGAGUAAUUGCCGAUCAGUGUUGCCCAAUCACGGAGGGCAGUUUAGAGUCGGUCCAAUGAGGGUCUCCAGGGGGUGGGUCGAACUGCCGCGGGCCGGGGAACGCUCCGGGUGGCCAGCCGGGUCCCCCGGCUGUCGUGGGUUCCGGCGAGCGUGCGGAGAUGAGCGGGUCCCUCAGCCGAGCGGCGGCGGCUCUGCUCCGCUGGGGGCGCGGCACGGGCGGCGGUGGCCUUUGGGGUCCGGGCGUGCGGGCGGCGGGCUCGGGCGCGGGCGGCUCGGCGGAGCAGCUGGACGCGCUGGUGAAGAAGGACAAGGUGGUGGUCUUCCUCAAGGGGACGCCGGAGCAGCCCCAGUGCGGCUUCAGCAACGCCGUGGUGCAGAUCCUGCGGCUGCACGGCGUCCGCGACUACGCGGCCUACAACGUGCUGGACGACCCCGAACUCCGACAAGGCAUUAAAGACUAUUCCAACUGGCCCACCAUCCCGCAAGUGUACCUCAAUGGCGAGUUUGUGGGGGGCUGUGACAUUCUUCUGCAGAUGCACCAGAAUGGGGACCUGGUGGAAGAACUGAAAAAGCUGGGGAUCCACUCCGCCCUUUUAGAUGAAAAGAAAGACCAAGACUCCAAGUGAGGGCGGCCAGGUCCUCACUGAGCAGAGAGGGAGCCGUUCACGUCAGAGACUCACUGCCAGAAAAGCCUUACCCAUUUUGGUUUCCACUCUUGAGACCGCAGCUGCUUGCACUGAUCAUUUUGGUUCGUGAGCAGUUGGGUGAUUUUAGUUUGUCUGGUGUUUGGGCUAAGAAUAUUUUAUUGUGGACUUAAUUCCAACCACUGCACUGUAACAAUUCAAUGCUGUAUUAUGAGAUUGCUGUAAACAAAAUUCAUUCUUGUAUUGUCGCUUAUUCUUUGCCUGAUUCAGGAGUUAAGUAGGAGCUUUGGAAUCAUUAUUCAUGACCCCUCUGCAAAUGUGUCAGUCUCCAAAGACAGUAUCUCCCCCCCAGAUUUUGUGUAGCUUCUUUUGUUACGGAAAAUGAUGGACAAAAAAAGAAACUGUGAUAACUGAGGCGUUGGUGUUGUUUUUUAAAAUAAACUCCAGCACAGGGAUGCUGUGUGUGCCUGAGUUAAUUCUGAAAUGCAUAUGUCUAUAAGGAUUUGGAGUGCCUGCAAUGUUUUAUGUGUGGGAAGUAAGGGUGAUUCUCAUAUUCUUCUAUUAAAUUUGCCACAAGAAUU